AUGUUGAUCGUCUCAAGCUGGGAAUUCAUUGCGACUCUGCCUCCUCUUGGACCGCUGCCUCUGAACUUCACAUUUACGAUGCCUGAAAGGACGCACACGACGCCGCCUAUCACGCUCGUGCUGGAUAUUGACGAGACACUUGUUCAUUGCGCUACCAGGCCGCUUGAUUCACCGGACAUUGUGUUCCCCGUCGAAUACAAUCAUGAGACAUGGGAGGUGUAUGGCAGGAUUCGACCUGGCAUGCAGGAGUUCUUGGCAAAAAUGUCGACCAUGUUUGAGGUUAUUACGUUUACUGCGAGUCAGGAAUGCUAUGCGGAGGCCUUGCUAAAAAUCAUUGAUCCGGAGAAGAAGUACAUCAGGCACCGAUACUACCGCGACUCUUGCGUGCCGGUCUUUGGAAACUAUGUCAAGGAUUUGAGGAUUUUGAAUCGGGACUUGUCAAAGGUGAUCAUUAUAGACAACUCGCCGCAGGCGUUUGGCUAUCAGAUUUCGAAUGGAAUCCCCAUUGAAUCAUGGUAUGACGACAAGGCUGACCGCGAGUUGUUCAAAGUGAUGUCAUUCCUGGAGACUAUUGGGAGUGUCGAAGAUGUGCGUCCCAAGAUCGACGAACACUACAGACUACAGGAAAAGAUCCAGAAGGCCCUGGCACAGGCAGCGGCAGCCCAACAGCAGUUGGCGAGCAUGAGCGGACUCGGUGUUCUUGGCUCCUCUUUGACCUCACCCUCAGCAUCAACCAGCUUGAAUGCAGGAACUGCACCUUUGUGUUCGUCGUCAGCGACAGUGGGAGAAUUGGUAACGGCCGCCCUUGAGUCAUGUAAUUCGACGGGCGCAAACAGUCUGGCGAGUCUUCAGAGUAUCGUACCGGACAAUGCGGACAUGGAUGCGACGAUGAUGAUGUAUGAGGAGGCAGAGAAGCCACCAUCACCGUCGGACGAGGAUGAUGAACGGGAGGAGGACGGGGAGAAGUGCGGUCGAGGCAGGAAGGGCAGGAGUAAAGCAGGCAGCGGAGUUAAAGGCGGUGGCACAAUGACGACGCGCUCGAAUGGGUUGGAUGCGCCAAGUCUUGCGCAGAUUUCUUUGUAG